AUGCAAAUCACGUCGUCGACUCGUCAACCCAAUUACCGAGAAGUGAAUUUAAAUAAAGAUAAGUAUCGCCCUCGAGGAGACAAUGCUAAUAGAGGUGGAGGCGCGAUAAUAGGCUCCGAGCGGGGCUCGGCGGCUCACCGCAGAGGUGCUUUAAUUACAUCUCUCGACUUACGCGCCCGCGAGCUCAAAACACUUGUUCAAUUAGUGAUCAGACUUAAGGAACGGUAUUAUGUAGACGUUCAGUCGCCGAAACAGGCAUUUCCGCUUUUAAUGCCGUUCGGAAUCCCUCUUGAUUACUCAAUUUUAAAUACGGUUAAGCGCGCGUUCCGAGGGAUGCUCUGA